UUUAGGUUUGAGGCCAUCUGCAAGGAAUAUGGCAAGCACAAAUGCUCCCGCGUCCUCGGUGAAGCAGGAGAACAGGGCAGACGAUGAUGAAAUCGGACGAUUGGCUGAGCAGAUGCGGCAGAACCUGGCGCGGGCACCACCAACCAACGCCGCAACCCUCCAGUUCAAUAGAGCCCUUUUGGAUAAAAUUGCUCUUCCGAAAGUCAUUGAUGAAUCAUCUACGGACGCAGACUCUGUUAAAGGUCGCUUUGGAUGGGUUGAAAUCGACGGGCAGUGGUUUCCUUACAUAUUCCGAAAUAAAAACAAGUUCAUGGUUGCCAAGCUUCUGCAGAAAAUAUUUGAGAAAAUAUUGGAAAAUAUUCCGGAGUGCGUUACGCGUCUGAUCCGCGUAUCAAGCUACUCCUUGAUGGAUGCCGAAGCCCUUCUCCUCAACGACGUCGCCAGAAUUCACGCGAGACAGAUUCUCCCCGAAGUCGUGAAAGUCACGACCAAAGACGAAAUCCUCGCCCUAGACGAUGUUCACGAAACACUCGCCUUUUUGAACACCUUUGAAAGGAAGACGAUGAGUGGUGUUCACGAACCGGAUUCAGACAGAUUCGGCUUUCUUCGCAUUGAUAAGAAAGAUUACUUGCCGUACGUGUUGAUGCGGGGAGACAAAUACGUUCCGUCGCUAUUUAUCGACGGCGCUGUCACUGUCGACUCGCCCAAAGUCGCGGGAUGGGAUUUGAAAUAUCUCAAACUCGCUCUGCUGAUGAUGGGCGUGAAAGAUACCCUGUAUGAAAACACGACUACAUUACACGUGGUGCCGUUGAGUUCGGUGAAGAGACUGCUGCCUGGCGAAACAGUAGUGGAGGUUUCCUGGCCCGUGGAACUUUCUGGGGACAAAGCCAAUGAUGGAAGUCGGGGAAAGAAGUCCAAGACUAAGGAGAAAAAGAGCAGUUCGUCUGCUGCUGCUGCUGUUGCGCCUCCAUUGCCGACAAGUGUCCCAGCAGUGGUCCCGGUUGUUCCGCAGCCAGUGAAUAAUAACAUGCAUUACCAGCCAUUUAACGCGUGGGCACAUCCGCAAGUAUCUGCACAAAUGGCUUAUCAAGCGGCGUAUGCUGCCGCUGCUGCUGCCGGUGGUUAUCCCCCAUAUUACUACGUGAGUUGA